AUGCGAGUCCAGGUAGCAAAAUGGGUUCAACGGGCACUGGAUAUGGGUGUCGAGGCAUUAAGAGCAGAAUAUCGAGCACUAGCCAAGUACACCCUUCCGGAUAUGACUUGGGAAGCUUUCAAAAACAAUCACGAAGCUGGCAGAAAUAGAUACCAGGAUGUGCCGUGUCAGGACCAACAUCGAAUCGUGUUAAAGUGGCCCGGUGCCCCAACCGAUUACAUCCAUGCGAACUACGUAGGAACGCCAGUAUCAGACAAGCGAUUCAUCUGUACGCAGAUACGGCCGAUGUCUCCUGAAGAGCCGUCUAUUGCUCUCAGUGUACUCAGCAUUAAAUUUACUAAACCAGAUGGCAACCACGAAACACGGGAAGUCCGACACUAUCAGUGGUUGGAUUGGCCUGAUCGGGGUGUGCCACCAUGUCGUCUCACCAGUAUGGAACUUUUGUCACGGAUACGUGGAACCAAAAAGCCAAUAAUUGUGCACUGCUCAGCAGGAAUCGGACGGACAGGAACAAUUGUCGCUAUUGAGUAUAUUUUAGAACGGAUGCAAGCAGGAGUUGAAUGUGCAAAUAUGUGUGACUUAUUGAAAGAGCUUCGACAUUUCCGGGCAUUCUCCAUACAAAACGACUUGGUACGUCUGAAAGAAUCUUCUCCAUCGGUCACACAAAAAAACGAGACAAACAGACUGCAUUAA